GGCAUCAUGCAAGAACAGAAAGUUGCUGUGCAUGAUGUGUCUGAUAUAGAAUUAGCAGCUCCAGUGUGCGCUAUAAACUGGUAACAAGUAAACUGCCUAUGGGUGCAUGCUGCACACUCCUAUCGCGUCAUCUGUCUCCAGGCCUGCUGGGCACCAUGCUGGUAGCACUCUGGGACAGGGAUGGUGGUGGCAGGAGACCCCCUAGGCAGGGGCAUUAGGGACCCUGAUACCAGACAUGUGACGGGCACACAUCACCGCACCUGUCCGUGCCCGGCCCGCCUCACAGCAGUAGCGUCUCCAGCCCCCUCUAGCGGCUGCCCGGCGCAUCGCCGGCUCUGCCUCCCCAGCACCAGUAACCGCAGCAGCUUGCUGUCACCGGCAGCGGCGGCCCGGGCCACCUAAUCCCUGCAAGAUGGCGGAGAGUGAGAGUCUGGAGACCGUCACCGAGCACGAGAGGAUCCUGCAGGAGAUCGAGAGCACUGACACGGCCUGCGUGGGGCCCACGCUGCGCUCUGUCUAUGAUGACCAACCCAACGCCCACCAAAGGUUUAUGGAAAAGCUUGACACCCGGAUUCGAAAUCAUGACCGAGAAAUUGAAAAAAUGUGCAAUUUUCACCAUCAAGGCUUUGUGGAUGCAAUUAAUGAACUCUUAAAAGUGAGGGCUGAUGCUGAAAAACUAAAGGUGCAAGUUACCGACACCAACCAAGAACUUCAAGAAGCAGGGAAGGAGGUAAUUGCUAAGACAGAAGAAACCAUCAGGUGUAGAAUACAUCAAAGAAAUAUCGCUACUGUAGUUGACAAGCUACAACUGUGCCUUCCGGCCUUAGAAAUGUACAGCAAACUAAAGGAACAGAUGAGUGCGAAGAGGUAUUACUCUGCCCUAAAGACCAUGGACCAACUUGAACACCUUUAUCUCCCCAAAGUGUCCCAGUAUCGCUUCUGCCAGUUAAUGGGUGAGACUCUCCCCAAAUUACGAGAAGGAAUCAAGGAGGUCUCUAUGUCGGGUCUAAAAGACUUUCUAGAGAGUAUCAGGAAACAUUCUGACAAGAUAGGCGAGACUGCAAUGAAGCAAGCACAGCUACAGAAAACGUUCCAUGUUGCACUACACAGACAGACUAAUGUUGCAUACAGAAAACCCAUGUACAUCAUUAAUGGCCAUGUCUCGGAAGGGGAAAAUGGAAUUAAAUCAGAAAGUCAAACACCGGAAGAUGAGGAGCCAGAGGAAGAGGUUCUAAGUGUCCAGGAUUUAGUAGACUUCACACCUGUGUAUCGCUGUCUUCACAUUUAUACAGUUCUGGGUGAUAAAGAAAUAUUUGAAAACUAUUACAGAAAGCAGAGAAGAAAACAAGCCCGAUUAGUUCUCCAGCCCCAGUCAAACAUGCAUGAGACAGUUGAAGGAUAUAGGAAAUACUUCAGCCAGAUCGUGGGGUUUUUCGUAGUAGAAGAUCACAUUUUACAUGUAACGCAAGGUCUGGUGACUGGAAGCUACACCACCGAGCUCUGGACCAUGGCGCAGUCGAAGAUCAUUGCAGCCCUUCGAACACACUCUUCCUACUGCACAGACCCCGAUCUGGUUUUGGAGCUAAAGAACCUAAUUGUGGUAUUCGCUGAUACUCUGCAGGGAUAUGGAUUUCCCGUCAGUCGCCUAUUUGAUCUUUUGUAUGAAGUUAGAGACAAAUAUAACGAAACUCUGCUUAAGAAAUGGGCUGGACUGUUCAGGGACAUUUUUGAAGGUGAUAACUACAGCCCAAUCCCGGUAGCAAACGAAGAGGAGUACAGAGCUGUAAUUGGCAAAUUUCCUUUCCAAGAUCCAGAUGGUGACAAGCUAUACUUUCCAAAGAAACUCCCAAUGUCUCAGUCCGUUCCGCAGAUUUAUACGCAAGUCAAAGAAUUUAUUUACGCAAGCCUUAAAUUUUCGGAAUCACUUCAUCGGAGCUCAACAGAGAUUGAUGAUAUGCUUCGGAAAUCUACCAAUUUACUUCUCACAAGAACCUUAAGCAGUGGUUUGCAGAACCUCAUCAAAAAGCCACAUAUAGGUCUGACUGAACUUGUGCAAAUCAUCAUAAACACCACACACCUGGAGCAAGCCUGUAAAUACCUGGAGGAUUUUAUCACUAAUAUUACAAAUAUUUCUCCAGAGACCGUGCACACUACAAGGCUUUAUGGCCUGUCCACAUUCAAGGACGCGAGGCACGCAGCCGAGGAAGAAAUCUACACCAAACUCAACCAAAAAAUUGAUGAAUUCAUCCAGCUGGCCGACUACGACUGGACAAUGUCAGAGCCGGACGGAAGAGCGAGCGGAUACCUGAUGGACCUGAUUAAUUUUUUACGAAGCACAUUUCAAGUUUUCACUAAUUUGCCUAAUAACAGCAAAGACCAUGGCGCAAUGUCGGGAAAAGUUGCACAAACUGCUUGUAUGUCAGCCUGCAAACACCUUUCCACAUCGCUGACACAAAUGCUGCUGGACAGCGAGCUGAAACAGAUUAGCAUGGGCGCCAUCCAGCAAUUCAACCUCGAUGUCAUCCAGUGUGAAGUGUUUGCAAGUUCUGACCCUGUCCCGGGAUUCCAGGAGGACACCCUGCAGUUAGCGUUCAUUGACCUCAGACAACUCCUGGAUCUGUUCAUGAUUUGGGACUGGUCGACGUAUCUAGCUGACUAUGGCCAACCGAACUCCAAGUAUCUGAGGGUGAACCCCAGCACAGCCCUAAUCCUGCUGGAAAAGAUGAAAGACAUGAGCAAGAAGAAUAAUAUAUUUGCCCAGUUCAGGAAGAAUGACCGGGACAGGCAGAAGUUAAUAGACACCGUGGUGAAACAGCUUAGAAGUCUGGUGAAUGGGAUGUCCCAGCACUCGUAGUGCUGGCGUGGUUCCUUCUGCAAAGUGUACAGAGACCUAUAAUCAGCACAUUUCUUUCCUGCAAUCUUUAUUGUUUCUGCAAAAAGUAAAAAAGGUUUGGAGUGUGAAUGCCGGCGUGGUCAGGAAACAGAGAUUUUUAAGAUUUGUUUUUUGUAACUAGAAGGUAUUUUAUAUAUUGCACACAGGUGGUGUCGGUAUUGCAGUUGGCGGAACAAGUCACUAGUGUGCACAGCUAAUGAAUGAACUAUAAAUAUUGUAUUUUAAAUAUAGCUGCUAAAGCCGCCACUUUUCUGCUACCUGGGCAUUUUACGAAAGGGUUUUCUAAGUCACGCAAAGUCAUUGCUAUGAUGAGAAGUGCGUCAGUCGCUGAGAAGACAUGUCUGGUGGUGAUCAUUAUAAUUCAGACCUGCAUCUAUGGCUACUGAAUGGAGAUGUCUUCCUAUCUGAGUGUAUGACUGUGACCAUCCACUUUUAUCAUAUAUUAUGUUCUCAGGGUUGUGAUUUUGAACUGUACUUUGUAAAUACUGGCUUUUACUCUCCUUUGGGUAAUAAAAAGAAUGUUGACGAAAA